AUGCCGGCAACGAUAUCAUCAUACAGUACUGCCACCACGGUCCUUCCAGCUCAACACUUGACUCAACAUAUUUCUACCCGUAAUGAUCCUGCCAUCCGUGGACAACAGAUGGCGACCAUCAAGCCUCAAAAACAACACUCCAACGUCGUCUCAUUUGCUCUGUCCGGGCAAUAUGACGAACAGCGACCUGUUUUGAUUGACGCAUACGAUCCAUUAAGGACCAUCUCGAGGGAACAGGCGACCACCCUCGUGAGACGCCUGGCCGGAGCAUUCGAAGCGAACAGCUCGGUCUGCCUCCACCUUCCAAACGAUAUCACAUACCCCGUCCUCACUUUGGCCAUCUUGGCAUCUCGCUGCCGCUGGACCGGCACAAACACUUCAUACACAAAAUUCGAAUUGGAGCACAUCUUCCGCACUGCCCAGGUCAGCUAUGUCAUCACGCGAAUCGAACAGCUGGAUAAUGUCGAGGCUGCUGUUCAGGCUAGCGGCACAAAUGCCGAGAUAAUCGUCUUUUCUGAUAUCCUGUGUGACCAUCCGGAAGUCAAGGCUGGCACUCUUCAUGAGCACACAGACUGUACAUCGUUUGCUCGCGCUUCGAUGGAAACGUCACAGAAGCGCACCCUGCACGACUUGCUUCAAUCACACGAGCGCAGCCUUGCUGUCGCUUUGCACCAGAUUGAUCCAAAAUCUAUCGCCACUUUGACCUCAACAUCAGGGACGACCGGUCGGCCCAAGAUGGCAGCACGCUCGCAUUCGGCCUUGAUUCAUGAGGCGCUGGCAAUCGAGGAUAACAAUGCCGACAAACCAUACCCCAUUCGAAGGCUCAUCAACACUCCCAUCUUCCAUGCCUUUUCUUGUCCUGAAAUGACUAUCAACAGCCUGCGACUUGGGUUUCCAGUAUACUUCCUCCCUCGCUUCGAUCGCGUGCGGUUCCCUCAGCUCGUGGCGAAGUAUGGGAUCACGGAGACCUUCGCUCCACCGCCCAUGCUGUUGGCAUUGCUGAACGAUCCCCGAUCACACCCGCUUCUGCAGUCACUACAAACAGUCUACACUGGUGGAGCUCCCCUUUCGUCAAGUCUCAGAGCUAGCUUCCGCGCCAUCUUCACGGUUUCCGCGACGCGCGCACCAUUGCGUAUCGUCCAAGUGUGGGGUAUGACCGAGGGUGGCUGGUACACCACUCAAAAGUACCCUCACGACACUGAUAGCGACGUCCCGGGCUCGGUUGGGCAGGCCCUUCCUGGUGUGGAAGUCCGGAUCGAUUCAGACGUUGCCGGAACCUCUGUGGAUCUCUCCUACAGCCACGAUGAUGACCGGCAGGAUACAACUUCUCGCAAGUCUGCGGUUGGUGAACUCUUGAUUCGAAGCCCGCAAAUGAUGUCCGAGUACUUUGGAGAUCCCGACGCCACUGCCAGAGCCUUUACCCAUGAUGGUUUCCUUCGCACAGGCGAUAUUGGAUACUUGCAAAGGCCGAGAUCAGCUCUCGAUCGGGUGCAUGGCUGGCGUCGGCUUACAUGCAAGUACAGUGUUCCUCGUGGCCGCAAGAAUCAUAAGCUCAGGAAGCUCCGAGACAAACGCCCUCCCAGCUCCGUCGUUCUGGUCGACCGCGCCAAGGACUUGAUCAAGGUUAAUGGCUUCCAAGUCGCGCCCGCCGAGCUAGAAGACGCCCUGCUCCUUCACCCUGCCGUCAUGGAUGUUGGAGUGGUUGGAUUCUGUCCUUCUGCGUCAGAUCUGCCCGAGCGGGCACCUGCAGCGACAUCAUCUUCGACUCUGCUCUGCACAGCCACGCCGCCAUCGUCGCUGUCCUCGUCAUCAUCGAGCUCAUCUUUCCUGGCGACACCCGUUCUCGACCAAGCUACAGCAAGCGUCAGCGAGCACCCGGUCGCGUUCGUCGUGCUACAUGAUAGACUGUCAUCCUCGGUUGCUCUACCUGACGCAAACGAACUGCGGAGCUGGCUCACACAGCGUCUUGCGCGAUACAAAGUCUCCCGCUGCGAGGUGCGUUUCGUCGUAUCAAUCCCAAAGAGCGCAGCAGGCAAAAUCUUGAGGAACAACCUGCGCCGUGUCCUCGAGGAGGAGGAACGAGACGAUCAAGCAUGA